CUAAUUUUUGCUGCAUUUGUAAACUUUAUUUACGGCAUAUUCAUGUAGAAUAAUACCGCAAUUGUUAGAGUAUUCCUUUUUUUCUCAUUAACCGUGAUGACUUAUAUUUUAUUAUAUUCAACACUGCUCUCGUUAAUUUCGCAUUCAUUAGCACUAUUUGAUCCUAUAACAAUCGGUGCCGGUGCUGCGGCCUUAAUAGGAGUGUGGAAGUCUGAUUUUUUGAAGGAUCAAACUUAUUGCAGAUAUGCAGAAUGCUGUAAUGAUCGCAGCAUACCUGCAAAUGUGUAUGAAUUGAAAACUAAACUGGCGAAUUUAUACGGUCAACACAUUGUCAAACAACAGUUAAUAGCCGCUUUGGCGAGUCACUUAGAAAAGGGACGGGAAACACGAAAGUCACUUGUAAUUAGUUUUCAUGGCACACCUGGCACCGGGAAGAAUAUGGUCGCCGAUAUGAUAGCGAAUAGUAUAUAUGCUGAAGGUUUACGGAGCCAAUUUGUACAUAAGUUCAUGGGUCGUGCGGGUUACUCAACAGGUGGGAAUCCAGCUUCUUACGGUGCCCACAUUCACCGUACGGUUAUAGACGCUCUUAGACAAUGUCCACGUUCUCUGUUCAUAUUUGAUGAAGUAGAUAAAAUGCCAAAGGGAGCUUUUGAAGCUCUAACCUCAAUCGUUGAUUACAGAAGCAUCGCAAACGGGGUGGACUUCUCGCAAGCUAUUUAUAUAUUUCUCUCAAAUACAGCCGGAGUUGAAAUAUCCACUCAUUUAGGAAACUUACUCGUCAAAGGUAUUUUGCGUGAAAAUACCAAAUUGGGGGACUUCGAAAGCAUUUUGGAAAGAGCUGCCUACAACUUGGACGGUGGUUUAAGUAAAAGCAGUCUCAUCGAAGCGCAUGCUAUUGAUCACUUCAUACCAUUUCUACCUUUAGAAAAAUCCCACAUUUAUAAAUGCCUGAACGCCGAAUUUGCUCGUUAUUUUAUGUAUCCGGAAGUAAAAGUAUUAGACGAAAUUGUGGAAAGCGUUGUUACUUUUGAUCCUAUUCACGGCGUGUUCGCUAAAUCCGGCUGUAAGAAACUGGAUAAAAAAGUGGCGGUAAUUGCUUAUCAGCAUAGGCGUUCGUAAACAAAGAAAAAAAUGUGCAUUUUAAUUUU